AUUUUACGAUGCGAGCAGUUCUGCUGUGGACGAUAAGUGACUUUCCUGCUUAUGGAAUGUUGUCUGGCUGGACAACUCAUGGAAGGUUAUCUUGUCCAUAUUGUCAUGGAUCUACGGAUGCUUUUCAACUGAAGAAUGGUAGAAAGAGUUGUUGGUUUGAUUGUCAUCGUCGAUUUCUUCCUGUUGCCCAUCCUUACAGAAGAAAUAAGACAUUGUUUAGGAAAAACAAAGUUGUCAGAGACAGUCCUCCUCCAUAUCUCACAGGCCAGCAGAUCGAGGAGGACAUUGAUUAUUACGGAGCUCAGAAAACUGUGAAGCAAGGAGGAAACUGGCAUGUUCCUGGUAAUAUGCCUGAUGGGUAUGGGGUUUCUCACAAUUGGCAUAAGAAAAGUAUAUUUUGGGAGCUACCUUACUGGAAAGAUCUUCUUUUACGCCACAACCUGGAUGUGAUGCAUAUAGAGAAGAACUUUUUUGACAACAUCAUGAAUACAAUACUGAACGUCCCAGGGAAGACAAAAGAUAACAAAAAGUCAAGGAUGGACGUACCCGAUAUUUGCUCAAGAAGUGAGUUACAUAUCAAGAGCAAUGGAAAUGUUCCUGUUCCCAGCUUUCGAUUGUCAUCAGAAGCAAAGUCAACUUUGUUUGACUGGGUUGCAUCAGAAGUGAAGUUUCCUGAUGGUUACGUUUCAAAUCUGUCAAGAUGUGUUGAACGAGGUCAAAAGUUCUCAGGAAUGAAGAGUCAUGAUUGUCAUGUGUUUAUGCAACGACUACUUCCAUUCGCUUUUGCUGAGCUCCUUCUAACAAAUGUACAUGAAGCACUUGCAGCGAUCAGAGCUUUCUUCAGAGACCUUAGCACACGUACGUUCAAGGAAGAAGUCAUCGAACAACUUCAUGAGAACAUCCCGAUCAUAGUGUGCAACCUAGAGAAGAUAUUUCCUCCAUCAUUUUUUGACGUCAUGGAACAUCUAGUUGUCCACCUCCCGUACGAAGCAUUACUUCGCGGACCUGUUCACAAUGGAUGGAUGUAUCCAUAUGAGCGCUCUAUGAAACAUUUGAAGGGGAAAGCAAGAAAUCUUGCAAAGGUGGAAGGUUCGAUUGUGGCUGGAAGUUUGACAGCAGAAACAUCUAACUUCACAUCAUACUACUUUGCUUCAACGGUUCGUACGAGGAAAAGAGUUCCUAGAAGAUAUGAUGAUGGUGGAGUACCGCAAUCUUAUGCAGUAGACGGUGUUCCUGACAUUUUCUGCCAAAUUGGACGGUUUGGUGGUAAACUGAGAGAAGUAUGGUGGUCCAGUGAUGAGGAUAAGCAUAGUGCCCACACUUAUAUUCUGCUCAACUGCGAGGAUGCUGUGAUGCGUUCUUUUGAAAGCUUGUUUGUAUCUCAAGUUGAAGAAGCAAUACCAGGAAUAUCCGGAACCGAGGUGGAUGCAAGGAAAGAUAAGCACUUUGUCAAGUGGUUAAAAGGACAGGUUGAUUAUGACGAUCCAUAUUAUCCUGUAUGGUUUCAUGAUUUGAUCCAAGGUCCAGUAGCAAAGGUCACCACAUCAUCUAUGUACUUCACACGAGGUUUCACUUUUCAUACAUAUGAGUAUGGGAGACGUCGGGCAACGAGCAACUACGGGAUAUGUGUGAAAGGUGAAACAGACUUUUACGGGAUCUUGCAAGAGAUUAUUGAAGUGGAAUUUCCAGGGUUGUUGAAGCUAAAAUGUGUCCUCUUCAAAUGCGAGUGGUUCGACCCGGUGGAGAACCGUGGUGUUCGGUUUAACAAAUUUGGUGUUGUGGAUAUCCAUUCUGGGAGAAGAUAUAACAAAUUCGAGCCUUUCAUCUUAGCUUCCCAAGCCGAACAAGUUAGCUUCCUUCCAUACCCUCGCCUUCGAAGUUCUGGGAUAAAUUGGUUAACUGCUAUCAAAAUAACACCUCGUGGACGGAUUGUUGCUGGAGAAGAACCACCUUUGCAAGAAGAAGAUGCAAUCAAUGAAGUUGAGGUACCUGAUCAACAAACUGAUGAAAUUCUUUUGAUCGACUCGGAUAACUGUCAAUAUGAAGAUCUUCCCGAAGAUGUGACGGAUGAAGCACGUGAAGAUGAGUUCGAUAGAAGCGAUGAUGAUCAUUGUAGUGAUGUUGAUGAGAACUCAAACGAUUCUUCAUGAUGUAAGAUAUGUAACAAAUGUUGAUUUUUGUUAGAAUUCUUCAUAUGUGUAUCAAAUUCUAAUUUAUAUAAUAUGCAUUUAAAAAAAAAAUUGGAGUUUAUGGUUUCAGUUGGAAAAAGAGGUUGAAUGUGUAGAAGAUAUGAUAGUAUAGAUAUGUAAGUUUGGGGUUUAGGGAUUUUGAUUUUCGGGGUUUCACAUAUUUCGUUGUAAUUUCGUUGUAAAAAAAAACGCGGGCCUGGUAAUUUCCUCGUAAAGUUUAGGUUCGUCGUAACUUCGUUGUAAACCAUGAAUCGGGGUUUAGGGAUUUGAUUUGUGGUUUCAAAGAUUCGUUGUAAACACGUCGUAAACAAAAAAAGCGGGCCUGGUACAUUCGUCGUAAUUCCUGAAAGCACGUGUCCUCGUAAAUUCGUCGUAAACUGAAAC